CCCUGAGCCUUCGCGGUUGGCGCCUCCAGCCCAGAGGCAUCAUGGGCUUCGGAAAGUCCUCCCCCUUCCUGGCUUUCAGCAUCUUGGUCCUGUGCCAAGCAAGCAGUCUCCAGGCUGCGCCAUUCAGGACGGCUUUGGAGAGCCUCCCAGACCCGGCUUCACUCAGUGAGAAAGAGGGGCGCCUCCUGCUGGCUGCACUGGUGAAGGCCUAUGUGCAGAGGAAGACCAAUGAGCUGGAGGAUGAGCAGGAGACUGAGGGCUCCAGCGUCACUGCCCAGAAGAGGUCCUGCAACACUGCCACCUGUGUGACCCACCGGCUGGCAGGCUUGCUGAGCAGAUCUGGGGGCGUGGUGAAAAGCGACUUUGUGCCCACGGAUGUGGGCUCCGAAGCCUUUGGCCGUCGCCGAAGGGACCUUCAGGCCUGAGCUGCUGAAUAACUCAAGGAAGAAGGUUACCAUGAAGCUGAACUCACCACUUCUAUUUAUUUCUGUUGAGAACAACUUGGGGAGAAGGCUCCGUGGAAGAUAUACCUGUUUGCAUCCUAAUAGAUACUGAAUAAAAGCACCUUUGUCACUUGAAAGGAAU